GGACGUGGCAAUGACGUCAGGAUCCGGAAAUGACCCGGAUUCAAACUUUCAGUCCCGGCUUUGUAAAAACAUCGAACGAUCUGUGAAUUCUUGUGGAAUUUUGCUAAUAAUACAUUGAGAAUGCCUGUGUGCAUCAUUGGACACGGAUUGACGCCUUGCAGUUAGGAGUUGACAUCAGGAGGUGUAGUGACUGUUUCCACGGAGCACGGACCGGUCUAUAGUACACUACCGAGAUCUUUCAAACGUCAGACCCUUUCUCCUUGGCGUGCCCAGUGCAGGCUGGUGAUAUACAUUCGGCAGGAUGACGUGCAGGGAUCGAACCAACGAGUUCCAGUCCGCCUGCAAAUCCCUACAGAGCAGACAGAAUGGUGUUCAGCACACCAAGCCAGCCCUCAGUGCUCUCAAGCAACGCAGUGACUUCACCCUCAUGGCCAAGAGAAUAGGGAAGGACUUGAGUAAUACAUUUGCUAAACUAGAGAAACUCACCAUAUUGGCUAAAAGAAGAUCUCUAUUUGAUGACAAGGCAGUGGAGAUUGAAGAGUUAACCUACAUCAUCAAGCAGGACAUUAACAGCCUGAACAAGCAGAUAGCCCAGCUGCAGGAUCUGAUCCGUUCACGUGGAGCGCCCAGUGGCAGACACAUCCAGACCCAUUCCAACACCAUCGUCGUCUCCCUGCAGUCCAAACUGGCGUCUAUGUCCAAUGACUUCAAGUCGGUUCUAGAAGUAAGAACAGAGAACCUGAAGCAGCAGAAGAACAGGAGAGAACAGUUCUCUCAGCGUCCUGUCUCUUCUCCUCUCCACGCCAACAACUUCAAGAGUUCAGUGUUGAUGCAGGAUGAGUCAAGGAGUAUGGGGGCUGAGGUCGCCAUCAACAUGGACAACCAGUCUAACCCUCUACAGCUCCAGCUCAUUGAUGAUCAGGACUCGUACAUCCAGAGCCGUGCAGACACCAUGCAGAACAUUGAGAGCACCAUCGUAGAGCUGGGCUCUAUCUUCCAGCAGCUGGCUCACAUGGUGAAGGAGCAGGAGGAGACGGUACAGAGGAUUGAUGCUAACGUGGAGGACACUCAGCUCAACGUGGACAUGGCUCACACGGAGAUCCUCAAGUACUUCCAGUCUGUGUCCUCCAACCGCUGGCUCAUGGUCAAGAUCUUCCUCGUCCUCAUCGUGUUCUUCAUCGUCUUUGUGGUCUUCCUCGCCUGAGCAUGGAGAAAUGAUAGAUAAAGAAGUGGAGGUUGAAAAGUUCAUUGUCUUUUGACAGGUUGCGUCACUCCUAUGAAACGGUAGUCCCUUGACCAAUAGUUCAGACGGAGUCAUGCUAUCUGACAUAAGACAAUGGGAAAGGUUGGGCUGAGACGAGGGGUUGCCACAGCAACAGGACAAUGGGACAGGUGGAGUGUUAUUGAACGGUUUGGGACUUGAGGUCCAGCAGCCCAAGAAAUGAUAGUAAUCUGCUGCCUAAAGCCCUGGAGAGCGUUUCUGGACCCUAGCAGAUCUAUUCUGUUCCUACAGACAUUGAUGAAAUACCCCUAAUGAAAAGGAUAUGCUAUCGGAACACGCUUUGUAUAGUAUAAACAGAAUACUUGUCAUUCUGUUCUUUGUUACUUUAGAGAAUAAUUCAUCUUAAACAUUUAAUCAAAAAUGGCUUAUUUAAUGGUUUGAUUCUGCAAACCUAGUUUUGUUUCUUGGUAGAUUUUCUUUUACCCCUCAUGUAGCUUAUUGUUGAGUUGUUGUAAGAUAGGGUGUAAUCAACUUUCUCUCUGACAUGAGGGCCAACACAACAGACUGGAGUUUUCUUGAAUUGUAAUCAUUUCUUUCGAUUUUAGUUUUAUUAAUGAGAGACUUGAACAAUUCUCCCUCACUAUCAUUCACGCCACGCAUGACUGGAAACUAUUGUUGGUUUACUUUCUCUUUUUCUUUCAAUGUUUCUUAUUUGCCAAAAGGGUACUUUCAGUUUCAAAGAAAUGUGACAAGACACCUGUGGUCUAAGCUGUUUUAUGGCGUACAGGAUUAAAGGUGGUUUAAACUGAAGAGGACAUUCCCUUCAUAGCCCCAAUCAUAAACACAAUGUGACGAGUCAGACCUGAACAGUUUGUAACAAGUUACUUAAUACUGUUAUUGCAGAUCUAACAGUUUAGAUUGCCUGGUUUACCUGCCAGCAAGUCAGCUGGGGUAAGUCUGAAUACUGUUGCCAAUGGCUGCAUCCCAAAUGGCACUCUAUUUCCUAUAUAGUGCACUACUUUAAACAGAGCCAAAUGGCCCUGGACAAAAGUAGUACACUAAAUAGGAAAUGGGUUGCUAUUUGGGACCCUAAUUAACAGGUUGUUAUAACAUCUGUUAUAAACAUGUAGAGCUGAAAGUACACUAGUGAAGUCUCUCUACCAAACUUCCCUGCAACUUGUGCGUUUGGACCUCACUGCUUUAUUGGGGACUGUCCUAUUCAUCUUCUCUCAUUCUUACUGAGGACAGAUGUUUAUGUACAUGCUAUUAUUUAAUGACCAACCAGAACUUUUUUAAUAAGAAAACACUCCCAUUUCUUCCCUCUUUUUUUGCUAAAUGCCUGGACUUCUACAGUGUGUAAAGUGAAAAUACUGCUAAUGUAUUGGAUAGAAGUGCAUAUUAAAAAAGAACAAUGGGGAAGUUGUGCAAAGGACUAAUUCUUUACUGAGUAAGAGGAUUAUAGAAUAUUGAUAUAAUGAAUUGUUAUAGAGUAACCAUGCCAACCAAAGGACUGGAACUAAGCUAUGCAGUAGUAAUGGCCCCACAGUAAUCCACACACAAACUAAUUUAUUAUCAAGGAUCUGUUGGAAAAUAAGACCUGUAUUUUCUAGUUCAUUUUACAUGCAUUUCAAGUGUUAACGCAUUCGGAAAAUGUAAUUCACAAUAAAAAAACGAAAUAGUGUUGUAUA